GACUCCUACCGGCAGAGACACCAACGGGCACCAGACUGAUGACGUGGUCCCGUCUGUCUUUGACCAGAGCAGCAGUAUGGCCGACCAGAGCAGGCAAAUUAAACUCGCUGCAGCUAAGAAAAAGCUGAAGGAGUUUCAGCAGAAGAGCUCCCCUGUUAGUGUGGGAGUAGAAAAGGGCGGAGGAGGAGGAGGCGGAGGUGGUGGAGGUGGUGGAGGUGGAGGUGGUGGAGGGGCCAAGAAGAAGAGGAAAGUGAAGGGACUAAACCAACACGAUGCACCUUCAACAGACAGAAACUCUCCAGACAAUUUUGACUGUAUUCUGAAAGCACUUAGUCAAAGCAAUGGAGUAGUCCUGCCUCCUUAUGGCAACAGUCAGGCCUUUGCUGACAUGGAGGCCAUUGGGUCGAUGGAGGAGUCAAAGGGCGAGCUGGGUCCUGGCUCACCAGUGUCUAACCUUGCUAGCAUUAACGCUGCUACUAACCCUGAGUCUGUUGGUCACAACGAUGACCUCCAGGACUAUCCCGAUACCAACGGAAAUGGGCGUUUAAAAGAAGAAAAUAGACCACUGUCUUCCACAGAGAGCCUGCGGCAGCUCUCGCAGCAGCUAAACGGCCUCGUCUCUGAGUCAUCUCCUGCGUAUGUCAAUGGGGACAGUCCACCUUCUGUUAGUGAGAGAGAGCUGGAGGGUCGGAGCCAGGAGCUGGCAGCUGCCCUGGAGUCCAGCAAGCUAACAAACUCUCAGUUAAAUACCAAGCUAGACCAGCUGGCACAGCAAUCUCAGGUGCUUUCCGAUCAGCUACAAAAGGAGCGAAAAGACUUUGAACAGAGAUUUUCAAAAGAGCAGGGAGCCAUGCGAGAGCAACUGCAGGUCCACAUCCAGACCAUUGGUAUCCUGGUAUCUGAAAAAUCAGAGUUACAAACGGCACUACAAUACACACAGCAGGCCGCACGGCAGAAAGCAGCUGAAGCAGAAGAGUUGAACAACCGUCUGCAGGUAACAAAGCAGAGAGUUUCCGAGCUGGAGAGAACGCUUUCUUCUGUCUCAACACAGCAGAAACAGUUUGAAAAGCACAACAAAGAGUUUGAAAAGGAGAGGGACAGCCUGAGGCUUGAGGUGUUCAGACUAAAUAAUUUGAGUGAGGAGUCGAAGCAGCAGAACUCGGAGCUGUCAGAGAAGAUAAAGCUGAGCACGCAGGAGAAUGGCGCAAUGAGGCUGGAGGUGGAAGAUCUUCGCAAGAGACUUGAGAUAGCGGACCUCAUGUUGCAACAGUUCUCCAGUCAGUCAGAUCCCUCCAAUGCCAACCAGCAGGUGCAAUUACUGCUGGGAGAGAAGCAGCAAGUGGAGGAAUAUAAUCACCAGCUGAUAGAGUCAAUUGCCCAGCUGCAGAAAGAGAGGGAUUGCUAUGCAGAGCAGAUCCAGGAGGAGGGUCGUGUAUGGAAGGAUAAAACGGAACAGCUGCUGACGCAGGUGUCUUUGGUGGCAGAGGAAAGGGACAGAAACAUUAGUCGUGUCCAGGAGCUGGAAGCUAGCAUCACAGAGCUAAAGAAUGCUGCAGUGUUGUUGUCCCAGGAGAGAGAGGCCCUGGAUAAUACAGCGCCUCAAUCAUCGGGGCCAUCAGAGAGUGAGGUGGCUUUGCAAGAAGCCCUCAACUCUCUACAUCAGGAGAAAGACGCUCUUAUCGCACAGUACCAGGCACAGCUACGAGAUAACGAGCAGCUGAGCCGCCUGUGUGUGGAGCAGGAGGCGCGUCUGGGGGAGAUGGAGCGGCAGGUAGAGAGACAAGUUGAGGAGGGAGACGACCGCCGGCGCAUGCUGGAGGAUGUUCAGUCGGACAAGGCCACUAUAAGCCGUGCUCUCUCCCAGAACCGAACACUGAAGGACCAGCUGGCGGAGCUCCAGAAUGGUUUUGUCAAACUGACUAAUGAGAACAUGGAGCUGACCACUGCCAUCCAGUCAGAGCAACAUGUGAAAAAAGAGCUGGCUCGCAGAAUGGGUGAACUGCAAGAGGAGCUGCAUGACGUCAAGGAGCAGCUGGAACUGAAAGGUACGGACGUCCAGAGUUUGAUUGAGCAGAGGGACCAGGUCGUGGCCCACCUGCAGCAAUAUUCGGCGGGCUACCAGACCCUGGCCUCAGAGAGGGAGCAGAUGCACCACCAGUACCUGCAGCAGAUCCAGCUCAUGGACCGGCUCCAGCACGAUGAAAGCCAGGGCCGUGUGCAACUGGAGAUCAGUCAUAAUCAGCUCAAGCAAGCGCAGGAGCAUCUGGAAAUGUUAGUCAAAGACAAUGAGCAUCUGAAAGCUGAGGUGAAGGAGCUGCUCUACAGCUCAACUCUUGUCACAUCAUCCAGAGACCAAGGCGACGGAGUGGAGAGCCAAUCUCUGCAAGAGAGCCCAGAGAAAUCCUCGGCCAUAAUCAUCCCAGAAGACUUUGAGAGCCAUAAGGAGAUGGAGGAGUUCAUCCGAGAAGCUUUGGCUCAGCUGGAGGCAGAGAGGGACGAGGCCAGAAGGCAACUGGAGGAGGAACACCGGCUCCACAUGGCAGCCAGGCACCAGGCCGCGCUGGCCCUUAGCCUUGAGCAGCAACCGCACAGCUACACACCUGUUUACGACCAUCAUGACGACCAUCAUCACGACCACGGUCACGCCGAGGGCGAGCACGGCCACUGUGAACACAGUCACGAGCAUUCGGAAGGAGGAGUACCGGUGGAAGUUCAUCAGGCCCUGCAAGCUGCCAUGGAGAAGCUGCAGCAGCGCUUCUCCUCCCUCAUGAGGGAGAAAGCCGACCUGAAGGAGAGGGUGGAGGAGCUGGAGCACCGCUGCAUCCAGCUGUCUGGAGAGACUGACACUAUAGGGGAGUACAUAGCUCUGUACCAAAAUCAGCGGGCCAUCAUGAAGCAGAAACACCAGGAGAAGGAGCAGUACAUCAGCAUGCUGGCCCAGGACAAGGAGGAGAUGAAAGCAAAGCUGGCAGAGCUGCAGGAUCUGGUGAUGAGGCUGGUGGCGGAGAGGAACGACUGGUACAGCCGCUACAUCGGAGCUGUGGCCGGCGCGGGUGCAGUGAACCCCGACCUGCUUCCUGUUGGGGCGGAUCACGCUCACUCAGAGCACCAUGGAGACACACCCCUCAAUGCUGUCGAUGGAGCAGAAGCCAUGGAGAUCAUUCCUCUGUCGGAGCCCACCGCCGGUCCUGAAGCCCCCUCGUCCCAGAAGCUGUCGAGCGGGUCGGCGCCAGAAGAGGACGGCACGGCCCAGCAGAUCAUGCAGCUGCUUCAGGAGAUCCGGAACCCCCAGGGGGCAAUGAGAUCCCCUCCUUUCCUUGGGGAGAACCCGUGCAUCCCUUUCUUCUACCGGCCCGACGAACAGGACGAAGUCAAGAUCCUUGUGGUGUGAGAAGGAGGUGGGACAGAGUCUGGCGCACGUCCGCGUGUAUGUAUAUGAGAUAAUGGACACACUUAUCGAGAGAUAUGACACCCUGCAACACUAGUCACAGUGAUCUGAAUGUCUUUGACACAGUUACAUCACAACCCCCCUCCCCCCUCUAUUUGUUUGUUGUUAUGGGGCGCUUCGUUUAUGAUGCUCUUCCCUGAGAGAAAGCAGUAUUUCUCAGCGCAAUCUGAGUGUUCUCCACACCACCAUUUUGAAUCACCAUUGCCCCUCUCGUCUCCCAUUUUACACAGAAGUGCAAUAAAGGCCAAAUGCCAAAUAACAUCAUCGCGUUUGAAUGUCAUAACCCAAAUAUUUAAUCGUAUGCUUGUGUGAUGUGAGGGGCGGUGAUGACGGCGAAUAGGCGCGAGAGGAGAGAAGAAGAGACGCAGAGGACGAUGUGAGUUUUAGUCCAGAGAGAGGAGCUGAGUCCACGUGGACUUUAAGCUCUAGUUACGCGACAGGAUUCGGGAAGACAGAGGCAGGUGUCGUAGAUUGGUUCUGUUACUAAAAUAUCUGUUUCUCUAUCUUUUUUUUUGUCUUUUUCUUCCAAACACUGAAAAAAAGUCUCCAUUUUUCUACAAUGUGAAAUGCUAAUAUAUGUGAAAGGGUUGUGAUGUUAAACAUCCUGUUAGACCGGGAGUAUAGAUGCAAUUCAUAGAUCCCAUGAAAACUUAUUUUAGUCAGUCAUUAAGACAUUAUUUUCAGAGGGUAAUUCUAAAAAGACGCUGGAGCCGCUUUGCUUCGGGAUGCUUUCUAAAGGAUUAUUUUCUCCGUCUUUGUCGUUCGCUUGAAUGAUACUGAGGCGCAGCGACUGGAAGAGGUCAGAGACUGCUGGUGUUAAAAUGCUCUCAUCAGUCAUCGCUAUUCCUCAAAUGUUCUCCAGCCUGAGGCAUUUGUUGCCCCUCUUAACUAAUGUCCACAUAUAUUUAUUUUAUUUCCCCGCCAUCUCAGCUGUAACUGAGCCCGUCUGUAACUCUCAUUGGGUCUUUAACUCUCCCAACAAACUUACACUAUUGAUAUGAUCCUGUUCUUUUCUGUUACGUUUGCUUAUAGUUCCACAUAUCAAAGAGGAAGUUAUGCACAUCAUAUACAACUGGACUGUGUUUACUUGGCGUUAGUGUGAGAGAGAGAGAUCAGUGGUACUUUUUGUAGAGUUCAAUCUGAUUAUACAAGUACGAUUGCAGUGAAACUGGGCUCCUUCCUUUGGCUGGUUGGACGUUUCUACCACAGAGCCCUUUGCCGGCUUCUGCGGAGGAGAAGGGUGAUUCCUGGAGUCCUGGAAUCCUAUGAAGCCACAGUCUUAAGCUGAGGGUUCCCACUGAAGCGAUCUGAUUUAAUGCAAGUGGGUUGGUGUGUGUGCGUGUGUGCUGUGCUGCACUCGAAGGGUGAAAUGUAAACAUAAAUAAAAGGUUAAAUCUAAAAGGAAUGGGACCAAUCAGAAUUUGAGAAAAUGAUCAACUCUUUCCAAGACUAGUCAAAACUGUUGUAUUGAUAUUUUGUAACACCUGUAUUGACGACACUUGAGUUGAUCUCAACGUUGCGCCCUCUUGUUCUGAAACGUCUCGCAUGAAUGGAGAGAUGCUCAUAUUCACAAAUGUAGGAUGGAUUGACAUGUGACAAUUUUUUCCUUUUUCAACUGGCAACCGAGAGCGACGCUAUCUCACAUCUGAGAUUACAUCGCGGCGGAGGCUUCUGGUUUUUACAAAUCGUCCCAUUAUUUUAAUAUGCAAGGACGUUCGGGUCAUACGAAAAAUCCCAGUGACUGCUUACGGAGGUAUUUUAACCUCAUUUGGAUGUCUUUGAAUUUUAAGAUUUCUCUGUGUUUACUUUGGGGUAGAGGACACAUUUUUUCAAUUGUUAAAUAGCACACAAGAUAUUUAUUGUUAAAUGCAACGGGGCAAAUGGCAUUAGUGCAAAUUGUGGUAUUUUAAACCUUGGUGGAAAGGAAAACUGUAAUAUGUGGAGGCCAUAUGCUCUUGACAGGUGUAAAAUCUUUUACAGGCAAAGUCAUCUGUGCGCCUUGAUAUUAAACUGGUAACAGGGUUUUUUUUUUUUUUUUUGGAAUACAUUUACUUUAAUCAUUCUUGAUUUAAAAAGAAAUUCCUCGCUUCUUGGCAUUCUCUUACUUUUAAUUUUUCUUUUUUGAAAAAUGCCACAAAAUGCGAUUCAUUUUUCUCCCCCUCAUAUUGUUUUGCGGUUAGACUGGGAGUUGAAUAUACAAUAAAAUCCUUCUAGUGUUUCGGGGCUUGUAAAAUAACUAUUGAAACCAUGUGGAUGAAAUUACUUUCCCACGCUCUAAUUCAUUGUUGAAUAUGUUAUGGGUGAUGAAACCAAUAGCAACGGCAAAGCGUUUAUUGUAAGUAAAGGUGGUGUGUAUAUACUGUAACUGUGUAACAUAUUGUAUAUUCAUUAUGCCUGGUGUGCGUGACGGGAAAAGCUGCUCCGUGGUUACUGGCCGCGUUGGCUGUCGUGGGCAGUUACUGACUGGCUGUGAUUUAAUAGAGAAUGACUUAAAAAAACAAAAAAAAAACAAAGGAAAUAUUCUAUUUAUUUGGAAUAGGUUAGUAUCUCGACUGAUCAGUUUUAAUGUACAAUAGAAGUCACUUUUGGAUGGAAAUGAAGGAUCGUUCAGAGAACUGAUUAGUUCGACGGCUGCUUCUGACAGAAGCUUUCUGAUUUGUUGUUUUCCUCGAGUAAUAUUUUCCUGCCUUCUCCUGAUUAAAACUGAUUAAGCAACUGGAA